CGUGCUCGCGAUGCGCGCUGCGCAAGGCUGGUUGUUGUUCCCGCAGAGAGGCGAGAAGAUGGCGGCCGUGUCAAGCGGAGGUGCAGCUGGGUCCGCCGCGGCCGGGAUUACGCACUCUACCCGACCGGCCCACGCAGGCAUGGGCACCCAGAACCGAGCACAGCCAUCCUCUGGGAUCAGCCACUCCAAUCGACCGGCCGCGGGGUGCAUCACCAACCCCGGCCACCCCUCGUCCGGCAGGCCCCCCCUAGCCCGAGUGGGCUACUACGAAAUCGAGCGGACCAUCGGCAAGGGAAAUUUCGCCGUUGUUAAAUUAGCAACACACAUCAUCACCAAAGCAAAGGUGGCCAUCAAAAUAGUGGACAAGACCCAGCUGGAUGAUGAAAACCUGAAGAAGAUCUUCAGGGAGGUGCAGAUCAUGAAGAUGCUGAGGCACCCCCACAUCAUUCGUCUCUACCAGGUGAUGGAGAAUGAGAAGAUGAUCUACCUAGUAACAGAGUAUGCCAGUGGUGGGGAGAUUUUCGACCACCUGGUGGCCCACGGCAGGAUGGCGGAGAAGGACGCGCGGCGGAAGUUCAAGCAGAUCGUGGCGGCCGUCCACUUCUGCCACUGCCGCAACAUCGUCCACCGAGACCUGAAGGCCGAAAACCUGCUCCUGGACCACAACCUCAACAUCAAGAUUGCAGAUUUUGGCUUCAGUAACCUGUUCUCCCGAGGCCAGCUGCUAAAGACCUGGUGUGGAAGUCCUCCCUAUGCAGCCCCAGAGCUCUUCGAAGGGAAGGAGUACGACGGACCCAAAGUGGAUAUCUGGAGUUUGGGUGUGGUGCUGUAUGUUCUGGUGUGCGGUGCCUUGCCUUUUGAUGGCAGCACCCUUCAGAACCUGAGGGCCCGGGUUCUGAGUGGGAAGUUCCGCAUCCCCUUCUUCAUGUCCACAGACUGUGAGUACCUGAUCCGACACAUGCUGGUGCUGGAGCCCAGUAGACGCCUCUCCAUGGAGCAGAUCUGUAAGAACAAGUGGAUGAAGCAGGGAGACCCUGACCCAGAGUUUGAGAGGUUGAUCGUGGAAUGUGAGCAGGUGAAGUCUGAGCGGGAGACAGAGCUCAUUAACGAGCAGGUGCUGAUGGCCAUGUCUGAGAUGGGACUGGACCGCGAGCGCACGCUCCAGUCUCUGCACACUGAUGCGUACGAUCACUACAGCGCCAUCUACAGCCUGCUCUCUGACCGCCUGAAGAAACACAAGACCCUGCGCAUGGCCCCGCCAACGCCCCGCCCCAUUGUCUACCCUCUCAACGCUGUACAGACGGAUCAGCAGGGUAAUCCUGUUAGCAUGAAUGUCCCACACGUCCAGCUGAUCAAUCCAGAGAACCAGAUCGUUGAGCCGGACGGAAACAUGGCCCUGGACAGUGAUGACGCGGAGGAGCCGUCUCCAGAGGCCAUGGCUCGCUACCUGUCCAUGAGGCGUCACACUGUGGGCGUCCCAGACCCCAGGACGGAGAUGCAGGAGGAUCUGCAGAAGCUGCCCCCUGGGUUCCCCCGUGUGGCCCCGCAGCCCCCCUUCCCCAUGCCCCCCACCAUGGGCCACAUGCACACACUGAUGCCCAUCCAGAACCCACACCUGCAGCCCACACAGCAGCUGGAAUACAAGGAGCAGUCCCUGCUGCAGCCCCCCACCCUGCAGCUGCUGAAUGGCAUGGGACCUCUGGGCCGUAGGGCCUCAGACGGCGGGGCCAACAUCCAGCUGCACGCCCAGCUACUGAAGAGGCCACGUGGACAGUCCCCUCUGGUUGCCAACCCUCACCCAAUCCCGGCUGUGGCUCCGGUGGAUGAGGAGGGUUCUGACGGGGAACCCGACCAGGAGGCGGUGCAGAGGUACUUGGCGAACCGCUCCAAGCGGCACACGACGCACGCGCUCAUGAGCACAGCGCACGGCGCUGAGCCACUGGCAGACUCGCAGAGACCCCAGGGCUCCCGGCAGAGGGGGUGGGUCCCGGAGCAACACUGCCGGUCCAGCUACAAGGACUGUAACACCCUGCACUUGCCCAUGGAGCGUUUCUCCCCCGUGAGGCGCUUCUCCGAUGGGGCCACCACAAUCCAGGCCUUUAAGGCCCACCUGGAGAACAGCAGCCUCAUCAGGCAGCUCAAACAGGUGUACCAGGAGUGUGAGCAGCUGCAGAAGAUGUACGCUUGCCCCCAGGACGAGAGGCUGCUUGAGCACACACAACAACAGCAUUUCCUGUACCAGCAGGAGCAGCAGAUUCUACACCAGCAGAUACAGGCCCUGUCUUUGGGACACGGAGAGUGCCAGCCCAGUCACCUUACCCACCAGCUCCAGAGGUUGCGUAUCCAGCCCUCCAGCCCACCGCCUACACAUGCCAGCAACCACUUGUUCAGACAGCCCAAUCAGAGUCCCCCUCCAACAGCGAUGAUGCAGGGCCAUGGUGUGCCAUCAGCGGUUCAGUACCAGCACGGCCCCGCCCUCUAUCAGCCCUCCAGCGGGAGUCCUCCCCCUUGCGGCCUGCGCCCCGUCACCCUGCCUCCGCAGCAGCAGCCCUGCUCCUCCUCCCGUGGCGGGGGUGUACCCAUGCCCCAGCAGCAGCCCUGCUCCUCCUCCCGUGGGGGGGGCGUCCCCAUGCCCCAGCAGCAAGUGACUAUCCAGGUGCAGGAGGUGGAGCUGGGAGGGGGCGGGGCCCAACAGCGCCAGCAGCAUGCCUUCCUUUCCACGCCGUGCGCCCACCGGGUCCUGGGGAAGCAGCUGAGUGCAGACAACGCCGAGACCCACAGUCGCAGCCUCGGACGGUUCAACACAUACGACCAGGCCGCCUUCAACAACCCCCAUCUGUUCAGUGAGGGAUCUCGGGCCUCGGGGGUGGUGGGUGGCUACAACCCCUACCUCCAGGGGACCUCCCUUAAGGUGCCAGGGAUGGAGGCCUACCAGGGUGGGGUGGUCGGUGGGGCCGGAGGCGGAGGCUACGGGAGCCCCUCUGCCCUGCAGCAGGCUCUCCUCUCCCCCACCCCCCUGGAGUACCGGCCCCAGCAGCACGUCACCCCCACCCUACAGGGUCUCCUCUCCCCCCGCCACUCCCUGACGGGCCACGCCGACCCCCGCCUGCCCCCCCAGGACCUGGCCUCCUUACUGAAGAGGCAGAGCCCUCGACCGGCACCCCCCACACCCCCCAAUGUGCCCCAGGACUACGGGGAGAUGCUGCUGCGCCAGCUCGGCCAAGGGGAGUCUCUGGAGCCGGGGAGCCCCUACCAACACCUCCUCCAGAUCAUGCCCCUAGACGUCCAGCCCCCCAGCCUACCCCACUCUGAGAGCAUGGAGGAGGAUGACCUGCCGCCCGGCUACCAUGAGGGCCUCCUGGCCAAGGCCCAAGGCUGUGGGGACGGCCAUGACCUACUGGGCCCCCCCCGGGGAGGGACGCCCCCCUACAACUCCCCCACACACAGACACGGCUACAUCAGAAGCACCACCACGACCAGAGACAAUGAGCAUGUUGACUGCAGGACCCAGGGGCAGCAGGUUAUGGAGCAGGGCGUGCCUGACCAUAAUGGAGUGGGCUACUCCACCAGGGUCCCCCAGGGGGACGGCUAUCGGCCCCGGGGCCAGCUACAGCGCCACCACACCAUCCAGACCAGCGACGACGCCUAUGACCAGGCCGAGCCCAUGACUGGGAUGAGCCUAUUGGCUGGCAAGGCUCUGAGCUCCGCCCGCAUGUCUGACAUCCUCAACCAAUCACCUCUGACAGGAAGCCAGCAGCUCCACCAGCGGGAAGAGUCGGUAUGUGACGUGGAGGGAGAGCUCCACGCUGGAGCCUGCUACCCGUCGUCCUGCACCAGCAACAUCCUUCACAGCUACAAACCCCCAGACCUGCAGUACAGCAUGGAGCAGGCCGGGGUCUAGCACGGGAGCGUGUCCUGUGUAUAAAGGUCCACAUCAGCCACCUGUGUUGAGCAGCAUCACGCCAAACCGCCAUUGUCUGUCUGGAGGGGGCACUCUCUGUCAGUCCUGGGGGAAGGCAGGCUGCCUGCAGGCUGCAGUCCGGGGUGGGUGGGAGGGGAUUGGCUGGGUGAGGGGAGUGGGUCCAAUGCCAGCAUUCUGUUCUGCACAGCCAUCUAGCAAGCAUUGCCAUCAUUGGCUCUCUCCAUUUCUGCUCUUCCAUCCGAUUGGAUAGAUUGGGCUCUGCCACCCCCAUUCACUUCUUCCUUCCUACCCCUUGUUGUCCCCCUCCCCCAACUGUUGCCAUAGCAACAUACUCAUGCACCUCAAUGUCCCAGGCAAUCAUACAGGCAAAAUAUAUAGAUCACAUAAACAUACACGUGCAAACACUCAGCCACAAACCCAAAGUAUUCACACCAAGUCUGUGCGUGGGGAUUCCUGUGAGGUUCUGUCCGCUCCUCCCUCUCCCCUCCGCUGUAUUCCGGUGGACCAUUCCGGAGCGGACUGUGAUCUCAGAUCCUAUGAGGCUCUCUCUCAGAAUGACCCAUUACGUUGGGCUUGCGGGGAUGGGUUUGGUUCAGGCUCAGGGGUGCUAAAAAAACAAACAAUGGAGCUCAGUGACAUCAAGGAUUGCACAGCACAACCAGCUCUCAUUUUUACAUUUUAUUUUCCUGUUCUGUCGUUCUUUUUCUUAAUUGUUUUUAAAAUUAAUUUUUACGGCUAAUGUUCAUCUAGAAGUUAUGAUCAUUAUUGUUACUAUUAUUGUUAUUACUGUUUACUGUAAAAUAAGUUUUAUUGUUAUUAUGAUUAUAAUGACAAUUAUUAUUAAAGAAAAAAAAAUGUUCUGUGUUGCAAGGAGGACAACAUUUUAGUUUUGAUUACUUACGUAAUUCUGCACUUUCAGUUCAAUGCUAUCUUUUAUUCUUCUCCCUGUUCACCCUCUCAUACUGCCUGUUCCUUUUCUCACUCCCCUGUUCUCUCAUGUUUUAUGCCCUUCUCCCCCCCCCUGUUCUUCAUUCCAUCCUUCCUCCCUCUUUUUCCACUCCCCAUCACUCCCCUGCCCCCUCUUGUGACAGUGUGGCAUUGUGGGUAGUUUUAACUGACAUUCUUCCCCUUCCUCCUCUGUACAGCGACACCAUGUAUAGAUUGCAAUUUCUGUAUCAUAUUUUUGGGGGGAGGUGUUGGGGAGGCAUUUUUAUAUUGUUAUUAUUUUGUAUUUUUGGAUGUCUUCAGAUGUCAAAUUUCUUUUAUUUUUUUAUUUUGGGGGGAAUAUUGAGAUUUUUAGCCAAAAGAGUACAGAGAGAAGUCUCCUUCAUUGUCAUAAAAAAAUAUUGUUCUUAUUGUUUUAUUAUCGAGACACUUGAAGAGGAGAGUGAUUAUUUGUGUUACUUUUUAUCAUUUCAAUCAUUGAUGCCGUUGCCAUUGUUAUCGUUCUCUGCUUUUUAGGGGUAGAUUUUGCAGGCAAGGGGUUGUAGGGUGGUUCGGUGCUGGGAGUGCAGUAAAUGAAAUGGAGGGGAACUGUAAUAUAGCUGACAUAUCAUCCCCAUCAUCAUCAUAAGACAUUUAGAGGUGGAGAGAGAAAGAACCCUUCUCCUCUCGCUCCCCCAAUCUGCAGUGGUACCCUCCGUCUCCGACCUCAUCGCCCCCCUUAUUGGCCAACACACAAUGGACAUAGCUUCUCCUCCCGACUCUGGCCCCGCUACGGCCACAUCUCCAGGAGGAGACUACUACUCUGCACAUGUGCUGCCUCCCUUUUCUAUCUCUUUCUCGCUCUCUCAUUCCCUCCCUUUGUCACAUGAUCAGCAAGUGAGACCUACUCCAGCCCCAAUACUGGAUUCAGUCCUCCAUCGCUUCAGAAGGAGAGAAAUUAGGAACUGACCAUAUGCUGAGCGGUCUUGAGUUUUGACCCCAACGCAGUAUGUACAGUUCAGAUAGUGAGCGUAGGGUUUGGGAGAAUGAUCCGCCCACCUAUCCUCCCCCUUGUCCGCAAGGACUCCCAGUGCAUCAUGGUCCAGCGAGGGACUGUGUGUGUGUGUUGCUGAUGAGGGACCACCUCCUCGUUUUCUUCUUCCUUAUCUGUUUCUGUCUGACUUCCCCCUCAUCGUCUGUAAACCAGGUCUCUGCUCGGCACCUGUAUCCUAUGUUCUCUUUUUCUAUCCUUUCAUUUUUUUAAUAUUUUUUUUUAGUACAAAAAUACUAAAGUGCAACAAUGAUUAAAUAGAAUUCCAACCAAACUGAGAUGAAUUAAAUAAAUAUAUAUAAAUAAAUAAUUUAAAAAGACAA